CGAAUCGAUACUGAAAGCGAAUCCGGCAGGUGGUACGCAUUUGGGGGCAACUUGACUCUGCUUCAGAGAGACUGGGGGAGGUCUUCGCCGGCAAAAAAAAAACAAAAAAACGGAGAUCCGAAGGCGAUGUCAGCGGACCCUUCUGAGAAAGAGAAGACGGCUCCAGACGCAGAGCCCUGUGGGUCUGUGAGGGUGAAGCUCUCCUGUUGUGGGAAGAUUGUGAGUCCUGUCUCCCUGAAGCAAUGGUUAAUGGAUCUCCUGGACCAGGGUAAGUGGUCUUUCGCCUGCCCUCACUGCGCCAGCCCAUGGUUGUGGCCACUUGUAAGGAAGUUCACCCUGCUCAGCGAAGAGGACAGACUUCUGUGUGAGAGUAAAAUCCAGGCAAUGAAUCAAGACAACUUUCAGAAGUGCCCACGAUGUACCCAGCUGUGCCAGCGCCAGACAGAUGACACCAACCUAUGUGUGACAUGUACACCAUGCUCAGAGGAACUCAGAAAAAUGUACCGCUUCUGCUGGGGAUGCCAGCGGGAGUGGGCAGGGCCCUGGCCAAGAGAGGACAUUUGUGCAAAUAAAGGAUGUGCAGUCCAGACAUCACUGCUGUCCUGCCCACUGAUAGACUCCCCUGAUACUGAUGUGCAUGGGUGCCCCAUCCUUCGUGCCUGCCCCUGCUGCAACACCAUGGUGUUCCACAUGCAGGAUGGCUGCUCCAAUGUUGUGUGUCCAAAGGAUGAUUGUGGCACUACUUUUUGCUUCCGUUGCCUUGCAGAAGAUUAUAAGCAUGUUUACCCAGAGUACAUCCGGGAUGAGCCAGUGGACGUCUUGAAUCGUGAUUCAGAUGAGGAUUCACUUGAUGAGUUUUAUGAUGAUGAAGAUGAAGAUGAAGAGGAAUUAUGUGUUAUCCAAGGAAGGCAACGUCCUUUUGGGACAGGGAAGAGAAAACGGGACCGGGAUAAUGAGGAAGACAGGCAAGAAAGCAAAAAAGUGCAAAUUAACACUGGAGGAAAUUAGCAGGAUUAUAGAGCUUUGAGUGUGUAAUGUACUUUGAGCGGCCUCAUAUCAGCAACUUCAGCUACACUGAAUAUUAGUAAAGUGAUGUAACAUUAAACAUUUGUAAUUUCUAUUUAUA